GCAGAUAGAUACCUGGAGUCCAACUGAGGAGGUCUUCUAUAGUUCUGAACAUGGUGCACAGCACCUGGGAUUUAUUUAAAUGCCUCUGACAGACCUAGCUGUUCCUCAUUUGGCUUACAUUGACACAAUCAAGUGCAUGCUUCGGAGCUGCUCAGUCACUUUAUAUCUUGUAAAUCCAGUAGGUUGUUAGCUGAUGAUGUCGUGGGACUGUGGCCUCAAGUACAUGUUCUCUAUGUCCCCUGCAAUGCAGCAGGGCAGCAAGUGCAUCCUGCAUGACAAGGAGGACGUGUCCAGACUAGAACUGGUCCAGAGACUGGCGAAGGAUGGCUGCAGGUUCCUGCAAAACCACAGCAAGGGCCCAGAGAUGACAACUGAGCCCCAGAGUGACGAGGCAGUCUGCUUGUGUGUGAGGGAGAGGGGCCACGAUGCGCUCGUUCUCCGGAGAGUGUUGUCAGACCAGUCAGCGCAAUCUGCAUGGUCGAAGGGAGGAGGGAGAGAAAAGGCAAGGACCAGGAGGUACAUGGUCGUGUCAGGGACCCCCGAGAAGAUCCUGGAGCACCUGCUGAAUGACACAACGCUGGAGGACGACCGAGGGACCACCCGGGGGAAAGAAUCAGAUAUGCUUUUGGAUGAUUUUCUGCUCACAUACCCAGUGUUCAUGUCAACAAGUGAUUUAUGCCAAGCUCUUCUGGGACACUAUUGCAGCAAGCCGCACAGAGUUAAAGAAGACCCGAAAGAGGCUCUGGAAAGGAAACAGAAAGUCCUGCACCUGGUGUGGCAUUGGAUGUCUCUUUGCAAAGACGUCCUGAGAGAGGAAGAGCACGUCAAAGUCUUCCUGAAGAGUUUGUACCGUUACGUGUUUGAUGAUCUUUAUGAGCACCCGGCCCUGGAGAAGGAUGUGAUGGAGUUGCAGAAACUCUACCAGCUGAGACGUAGACACACAUUGGACCAUGACUCGCCUCACAGAAAUAGCAGAGCUCUUUUCCACCAAUUGAGCUUGAAAGAGUAUGGGCUGAGAUCCAGAAGCACACAGAGGGAGAACAAGGAAGUUCUGUGCCGUGUGUAUGUCACCAUGGACUCAUACCUAAGUGCAAAGGUCCGCUCUGAGGUGAUGGCUCAGGAGCUAUUGCAGGCAGUAGCUGAAAGGAUGGAUGUCCCUGCAUCAAAGAUGAUACUUGUGGCCAUCACUUAUCCUGGAGGUAGACUCCUGCUGCAGCCUCAGGACAAAGUUUUCUCCAAUUCGUUGCGGCCAGUAGGGAGACUACAUAUAUACAAGAAGGACCUUGGUGAAGUCAUGAACCCAUUUACAGAUAACUCAGAGAUGCAACAGAGGACGGCUCGCAUGCUGAAUUUAAACACGUGGGAUGUGGCUGUUGCACUCACCAACUUUGAUUGGACAAUUUUCAACUCGAUGCAUGAGCAGGAACUGGUCUACUUCACCUUUAGCCGCCAUGUUUGCAGUAGUCACACAAUGCCAUUAGAGCUGCUGCUCCAGCGAUGCAAUGAAGUCCAGCUGUGGGUGAUGACUGAGGUGCUGCUGUGUCCGACGCUCUGCAAAAGGGUCCAGCUCAUCAAGAAGUUCAUCAAGAUUGCUGCUCACUGUAAAGCACAGAGGAACCUCAACAACUUCUUUGCCAUCAUUAUGGGCCUGAAUGCUGCUGCUGUCAGCCGCCUCAGUCAGACAUGGGAGAAAGUUUCUGGAAAAUUUAAAAAGCUGUUUUCCGAGCUGGAGACAAUCACAGAUCCCUCUCUGAACCACAAGGCCUACAGGGACUCCUUCAAGAAGAUGAAAUCUCCCAAGAUCCCAUUUCUUCCUCUACUCUUGAAAGAUAUUACAUUCAUUCACGAAGGCAACAAAACAUUUCACGAUAAUCUGGUAAAUUUCGAGAAGUUGCACAUGAUAGCAGACAUGGCGAGGUUUGUCCGGGAGUGUCAGCAAGAUCACGUGGGAAAUGGAAUAGCUCAAAAGAGCAGCUCAGAGGUUCGAGCCUACACUGAUUGCCUUCACGUCAUCGACAAUCAGCAGACCCUGUUCGAACUGUCACACAGGCUGGAGCCUCGUGCUUAGACAGGACCUUUUCCUAUUCUUCCCACUCUGUGGAAUUGCCAAGGAUCAACCCAUCACUGUCUCAGCUCAUAGUGCUCAGGACUCGGUCAGCAAUCCUGGGAGGUCUGCACGGUUCUGACUCAAACACAAGAUGGAGUAGUUCAAUCAGGAGGCUGUCACCAGAGACCUAAACAAGCAGUGAAAGACACAGGUGAGGAAGGCCACAGAGAUUGUUUGGAUCCACAACCAUGUGACAGAUCCAUUCAGCCACACGUCAACAGAAAAGCUGCAGUACCAGCAGCUGAACUGCAGCAACAGCAGAAGCCUUGAGCGGCAGUCAUUUAUCAAUACAUCUUCAGGGGUUCAAAGCUGCUGCUGAUUCUAUUAUGACCUGCAGAUGGCAGAAGUUAGUCAGGGUAGAUGUUCUCUGACAACAGCACACUGCAAUAAAUACUUCCAGUUUUCCAGUUUAUUAAUAAUGUUGCACUUUACUUUGAAUUGCAUUAAUGUUAAUUAAACAAUGGAUCUCAUAAUCUAUCGAAAUCAAUUAAAACUUUCUAUUGAAUGUCCCUGCUAGACAGGAAUUAAGGAAAUGUCUGCAAAUUUCUCAGGAUCAACAUUUAUUUAGAAUCAAUACUAAAAUUGUCACUUCAGUUAAAGAUUGGAAAAGAAAAAUACACUGCAGCUAAUAGUCACUGGGAUCAGCGAGAGAACACAAAUAAACAAAAACUGGCAAACAUAAACAUUUUAAGUCAAGGAAGUGAAAGGUUAAACUUAUCUUAACUGAUUAAAAUGUAAACAAACAGAAACAUUUGCUUUACUUGGUCCUGGCUGGACCUCUGCAGGUGUAUGGUUCCAACAUCCUCUCUCAGCUUGGCUGACAUGGAAAUCAAAUCAGGUUCAUGUUUAGAAGUUUUAAACUGGCAAAAUAAAGAUCAUUCAUGCAAAAGACAAACAGUCAUUAAAAGAAUACUUUCCUAAGCAUAACAACUCACAUAGUUUUCAUACUGUAGAGAUCUUGAGACACUGUCUGCAUAGAAUAGGAAGUUAUUUUGAAUAGUCCUAGAGUCCAGUGAAGACUUUUAAAUUGACAUGAAGAAAAGCAGAGCUCUGGUAGUUCAAAGGUCAAUUUUGAGUUGUUUGUAUGCACUACAAUAAUUAGCAACAAUAAAAUAAAGUAUAAAACUGAAAUACAACCUUUUUAUGAGAUUUUUACAUUUUUGAUGAUUUGGCUCAAGAUCAGGACAGAAAGAAAGUCCCUUAGGCAUACUUUGUGUUUGCCAGCUCACUCUCUCAGUCAUGAAACGUAGUUCCAGGAGGAAAACUGUCCAGUCUACACACAACAUGAAGAUGUCUUGAGAUAAUAAAUGUUAUGACAAGGAUUGUUAAAUAUUUGAAUAUUCCAACUGCAUAUUUUUUAAGUGCAUUAUUUCCUUACUAUUAUUUCCAAGUGCUGCUUAUUAGAGGAGGCUUUACACAGUGCAUGCAGUAAUAGUAUCAAAAGCUCAAGAGUGUACAUUAUACAGUAUUUUGUUGGUUUGUCAAAGCAGAAUGUAAUGCUAAAUUGUGUGUUGAAAAUACCGGUAAUCUUUUGUAAAGCACUGGCAAAAGGACCCCCGUCCAGUUGUGUUGUUGACAAUCAAUCAAAGAAAUCAGGAAAUGGCUUUAGUUUUUGCUUUGUAAUCAUUGGUAAAACAAAAACAAAAAAAGCAUUGGAAACUCAUUUAACCUCCUUUAUCUCAGAAAACAGAAAUUAAGUCAAAAUAGGCUGAAAUUUACACAGAAAUAUAAAUCAAUAGCAAAAAUUAAAUGACAGCACUUUCUGGAUUAAAAUAGUAAAACCUAAAAAAUCGCUUUAUGUGCAAUGUGUAAUCUCACUACAGUGCAUCAGUUUAAAAUAAAUAAGGUAGGCGUGAUCAAGUGUUUCGUAGGGUGACUAAUAGAAUAUUUGCUUUUUAUAUUUUGGAUUUCCCAGCCUAUCAUCAUAUUGGAUAAACUGACUUUAUCAGUCUGUCUUCUUAUCAGCGAUUAUUUAUAUUGUAGAUACAUGUUCAAACUCUGCGUAUUGAUAUUUAUUUCAUUCUUGUUUUGUCAAUAGAUUUAACAUUUCACAUGUUUCUGUUUAAUCCUUUCUGUAUGCUUGUCUGUGACAUGUCAAACCAUGGACUAACCAUCUCUGUCAACUGUGCAUGCAAUAAAAGCUUUUCAUGCACCGCCCAAA